AUGGUUACCCCUCUUAGGUUCUACUUUCUAUAUUCUCUCACUCUCAUCUCCAGUCACUUAACUACUAUCAAUGGAUUGUUCUCAGAACAAUCCAACAUCAUGUUACCAACAGAUCAUCACCCAACAGAGAAAUUGACCCAUUUGCACUUCUUUUACCAUGACAUUCUAGAGGGCAAAAACCCCACUGUUGUGGAAAUUAUUGAUCCAUCAACAAGUUCUAAAAGUGGGUUUGGAACCACUUUCAUGAUGGACAACCUUUUGACUGAAGAACAAGAGCUAAGUUCAAAGCCUGUUGGAAGAGCUCAAGGGUUGUUUGGUUUGGCUUCAUUGCAGGACCGUGGAAUGGUGAUGCUGAUCAAUUUUGCUUUCAAUGAGGGUGAAUAUGCUGGCAGCACCCUCAGCAUGCUUGGUAGGAACCCUGUUCAGGACACGGUUAGAGAAAUGCCAAUUGUUGGAGGCACUGGUGUGUUCAGGUUCGCUAAGGGUUAUGCCAUUGCUAAGAGUCUUUGGGAAAUUUCCACAUCCGAACACUUUGUUGUGGAGUAUGAUAUCACUAUUUCUCAUCCCUAG